AUGGCGCUGAACCACGCCUCCCACAAUCCGACAGGCGAGCCCACCGGACCAGCCACGGGACACCCUCCUCCAGUUUCCAACGAUACGAAAUCAGCAAUCCUGGAAGCUGCAAACGGUGAUGCAAAGGGUCAGCCUGCACCUGGCAAAGAUGGAGGUGACAACAAUGGCGAGCAGAAGCAAAAGUCGGAAAAGGAGCUGGCGAAAGAGAAGGCAAAGGCCGACAAACUAGCAAAACUCGCUGCGAAACAAGAGAAGCAGAAGGCCAUGGCCGCCGCUUCACAACCAAAGCAGAAAGAAAAGAAGAAGCAGGAGAUCCUGCCGCCAUACCAAGAGGAGACCAAGAAGGGCGACAAGAAGAUCCUCAAACCACUUGACGAUGAGUACCACAAGGCCUACAUCCCAGAGGUUGUAGAGAGCGCUUGGUAUGACUGGUGGGAGAAGGAAGGAUACCACCUACCUGAGUACAAGGCCAAUGGAGAGGUCAAGGACAGAGGAUCCUUCGUCAUCACCAUCCCACCCCCCAACGUCACCGGCGCACUACACAUUGGACACGCACUCGCGACAUCGCUGCAAGAUGCUAUGAUUCGAUGGAACCGCAUGAAGGGUCUCACCGUGCUAUACGUCCCAGGAUGCGAUCACGCUGGUAUCUCAACACAGAGCGUCGUCGAGAACAUGCUGUAUCACAGGAGGAAUGGCAUGACGAGACAUGAUCUGGGCAGAGAGAAGUUUGUUGAGACUGUCUGGGAGUGGAAGGACGAGUAUCACUCGAAGAUCACCAAGGUUAUGAAGCGACUGGGUGGUUCUAUGGACUGGACAAGAGAGGCCUUCACCAUGGACGAGAACCUAUCCGCUGCUGUGCGCCAAACGUUCGUGCAGCUCCACGACGAGGGUCUGAUCUACCGUGCGAACAGACUUGUCAACUGGUGCACAAAGCUCACAACGGCACUGUCCAACUUGGAGGUUGAUCAGAAGGAGCUCGAGGGAUCAACGAAGCUUGAUGUGCCAGGUUAUGAUAAGAAGAUUGAAUUCGGUUCCAUCUGGAACUUCAAGUAUCAGAUCGCGGGCACGAACGAAUUCAUCGAGGUCGCUACAACCCGUCCCGAGACCAUGCUGGGUGAUAGUGGUGUUGCUGUACACCCAUCGGACGAGCGAUACAAGCACCUGAUCGGCAAGAAAGUCCAACAUCCUUUCGUCGAUCGCCAGCUCCCCAUCUUCGGUGAUGAUACUGUCGAGAAAGACUUUGGUACCGGUGCUGUCAAGAUCACACCUGCUCACGACUUCAACGAUUUCAAGCGUGGUAAGCAGCACAAUCUGGAAUUCAUCAAUAUCUUGAACGACGACGGCACCAUGAACGAGAACGCAGGACCCUUCGAAGGUCAAAAGCGCUUCGACGUCCGGUAUACCGUCAUCGAGGAGUUGACCAAGAAGGGUCUGUAUGUUGGCAAAGCCAACAACAAGAUGCAGAUCCCGCUCUGCAGCAAGUCCAAGGACGUAAUUGAGCCAAUUCUCAAGCCACAAUGGUGGUUGCACAUGGAGCCGCUCGCCAAGCCAGCUGUUGAUGUUGUCAAGAGCGGCGAGAUCAAGAUCAUGCCAGAGACCGCCGAGAAGAGCUACUACCGAUGGAUGGCCAACAUCGAUGACUGGUGUCUGUCGAGGCAGCUCUGGUGGGGUCAUCAGGUGCCUGCUUACUACAUCAAGUACAAGGACGGUCCAGAAUACGACGUUGAUGGCGAACACUGGGUCUGCGCCGAGACGGAAGAGCUGGCGAGGGAGAAGGCACAGAAGAAGUUCCCUGGUCGGGAAAUCGAGAGCCUCUCACGAGAUCCUGACUGUCUCGACACCUGGUUCUCUUCUGGUCUGUGGCCAUUCUCGACUCUUGGCUGGCCGAAUAAGACAAACGACUUUGAGAAACUCUACCCAACAUCCGUACUCGAGACGGGCUGGGACAUUCUGUUCUUCUGGGUUGCCCGCAUGAUCUUUUUCGGUCUCAAGUUGACUGGCAAGGUCCCGUUCACAGAGGUCUACUGCCACUCCUUGAUCAGAGAUUCAGAAGGUCGCAAAAUGUCAAAGUCGCUCGGCAACGUCAUCGACCCGGUCGAUAUCAUGGACGGUAUCAGCUUACAGGCCUUGAACGACAAGCUCAAGGUGGGCAACCUCGCGCCCAAGGAGAUCGAUCGAGCUGUCAAGUGGCAGAAAUCAGCCUUUGCAGAUGGCAUCGACCAGUGUGGUGCUGACGCGCUGCGAUUCUCCCUGAUCAACUACACUACCGGUGGUGGCGACAUCAGUUUUGAUGUCAAGGUUAUGCGUAGCUAUCGUAACUUCUGCAACAAGAUCUACCAAGCCACCAAGUACGUGCUCGGCAACCUGCCAGCAGACUUCACGCCUCAAGCAAAGGGCGGCAAGACUGGCAAGGAGAGUCUGCCUGAGCGGUGGAUCCUGCACAAGCUCAACGAGGCUGCACGGGAGGUCAACGAGGAUCUGGCGAGCCGCGAGUUCUCGUACGCUACACAAGCUGUGCACAACUAUUGGUACUACGAGCUAUGCGAUGUCUACAUCGAGAACAGCAAAGCCAUCAUCCGAGACGGCACAGCUGAAGAGAAGCAGAGCGCCAUCGACACCCUCUACACUGCACUUGAAGGCGGUCUUACCAUGAUGCAUCCGUUCAUGCCGUUCCUGACUGAGGAGCUUUGGCAGCGCCUGCCACGACGACCAAACGACAACACGCCAUCCAUCGUCAAAGCAGCAUAUCCCGAAUUCGACGCCAGCCUCGAUGAUCCCAAGUCGGAACGUGACUACCAGCUCAUCAACGAGAGCGCCAAGGGCAUUCGAUCUCUGCUGAACGAGAACGCUGUCAAGACAGAAGGCAAGGCAUGGGUCCAGCCUCUCACACAAGAAGCGUACAACACCGCCAACGACCAGAAGCUGUCGAUCAAGACCCUCUCCGGCAAGGCGCUGGCCGAGCUGAACAUCCUCGAAACAGGCAAGCUUCCAGCGUCAAAACAAAUCGCCGUGUACCCUGUCAAUGCCGCCGCCAACGUCUUCAUCGAGCUACCAGGCAAGUUCGACCCUGCAAAGGAAACCGAAAAGUACAGGCCCAAGCGCGAACAAGCCGCCAAGAACGUCGCGGAGCAGGAACGCGUGAUCGCCCAGCUCGCUGUCAGCGUUUCGCAGCAGACCCGCGAGAAGACCGACGCCCGACUCCGCGACGUUCUGUCGGAGCAGCGCGCGUACGACGACUUGCUCCAAUACUUUGAGACUACGAAGCUUUAG